UUGCAAUAANUAUAUAUUUUCUUUUCUUUCUACUUUAGCUGACAAGUGGUGGGCAUGUUACUAUAGCUCACUUUUACUCUUUUACUACAAAACUUGUUCUUUCUUUUUAGGCCUGACACAAUUAAGCUGUGAGCCAUUGCUGUUCUGAAAUUGCAUAGCUUCACAAGUUUUUAACUAUUUUCAUGUGAUGUUAUUUUUUCCAUUUUCAGAAAAUGUGAUCAUUUGAGAAUAUUUUGCUACCAACUCCAGAAAAUUCUGAUCACAAUUCUUCUCUUUCUUUUUGUGUUUUAAUUUCACUGCCCUGUUUCCAUUCUGGAAAUUAUACUAUUUUCUUAUAUUUUUAUAUGAAUUUCUGAGUAAAUGAAGAUUACAAGAGAAGAAUGUGUUUUGUGGUUUGUUGCUUUUAUAACCUGCUGGGCUUAUAGCACUGCUUUGCUUACACCUAAUGGUGUCAACUAUGAAGUGCAAGCUUUGAUUGAUAUACAAAAAUCUUUGAAUGAUCUUCAUGAAGUCCUUAAUUGGGAUGAAAAUGCUGUUGAUCCAUGUGGUUGGGCUAUGGUGGGUUGUUCACAUGAUAAUUUUGUUAUUACACUAGCAAUCCCAAGCCAGGGUUUAUCAGGCACAAUAUCGCCUAGUAUUGGGAAUUUGACACAUCUCACAAGUGUGCUCUUACAGGAUAAUAAUGUAACAGGGCCAAUACCAGCAGAAUUGGGAAAACUACCAAAACUGCAAGCAAUUGAUCUUUCAAAUAACUUGCUAACAGGACAAAUACCCAAUUCUUUAUCUCAACUUAAGACCCUGCAAUACUUGAGAUUAAACAAUAAUAGUCUCACUGGGGCUAUACCUAUGGCUUUAGGCAACCUGACUCAGCUGACUUUCAUGGACUUGUCCUUCAAUAAUUUGAGUGGGCCAGUAGCAAGACAUCUAGUCAAAACAUUCAAUGUUGUAGGAAAUCCAAUGAUAUGUGCAACUGGGAAAGAGCCAGACUGCAAUGGGACUGCACCAGUGCCUCUAACUAUAUCCCAAAAUAUUUCACAAUAUCCUAUGCCAUCAAGAAGGCCAAAUAGUCACAAAUUUGCAUUGGCCUUUGGGACAAGCCUUGGUUGCAUCUUCCUGUUGAUACUUGGAUUUGGCUUCUUCAUCUAUUGGAGACACAAGCUCAACAAGCAGAUCUUUUUCGACAUUAAUGAACAACAUGAUGAAGAAGUGAGUUUGGGGAACCUAAGAAAGUUCGAAUUCCGGGAGCUUGAGAGCGCGACACACAACUUCAGCAGCAAAAACAUCCUUGGCAAGGGCGGAUUCGGAAAUGUGUACAAAGGUUGCCUAAAUGAUGGCUCCAUUGUGGCUGUGAAAAGGCUAAAGGACGUUGAUAAGAUUGGAGGGGAGAUUCAGUUCCAGACGGAGGUUGAGAUGAUCAGCCUUGCCGUGCACAAAAACCUUCUCCGCCUCUAUGGCUUUUGCGUCACCUCAACCGAGAGGCUUUUGGUGUAUCCUUACAUGCGUAAUGGAAGUGUUGCUUAUCGUCUCAAAGCCAAACCAGCGUUGGAUUGGGGCAUUAGAAAGAGAAUAGCGAUAGGGACAGGCAGAGGCUUACUAUACCUACACGAGCAGUGUGACCCUAAGAUCAUCCAUAGGGACGUCAAGGCCGCCAACAUAUUGCUCGACGAUGAUUAUGAGCCAGUAAUCGGUGAUUUCGGCCUCGCGAAGCUUCUCGACCACACCGACUCCCACGUCACCACCGCAGUCCGUGGUACCGUGGGCCACAUCGCACCCGAAUACCUCUCCACCGGCCAAUCUUCUGACAAAACCGACGUCUUCGGGUUCGGGAUUUUGCUCUUGGAGCUUAUCACGGGGCAGAGGGCGUUGGAAUUUAUUAACCACAAAGGAGGAGCAAUGCUUGAUUGGGUGAAGAAGAUUCAUCAAGAGAAGAAGCUAGACGUGCUUGUGGACAAGGUUUUGAAGGAGGAGUAUGACUCGAUCGAGCUUGAGGAGAUGGUGCAGGUGGCCCUGCUCUGCACGCACCACCUCCCGAGCCAUCGGCCUAAAAUGUCUCAAGUUGUGCGGAUGUUGGAAGGAGAUGGGCUGUCUGAGAAAUGGGAGGCUGAGUCAGCCAUGUGUCGGCCCAAUGAUUUCUCGUCCUCCGAGAGAUAUUCUGAUCUCACGGAUGACUCGUCGUUGCUCGUGCAAGCAAUGGAACUGUCAGGGCCUAGGUGAUUGAUUGUCUGCUUGAGAACAACAAUGGCAUCUUUUUUCUUUUCCUUUUUAAGUAAAAGGAGUUGUACGGAACACAAGUCAAUAGUGUAUUUGCAGAGUUCUAUUUCUCUCUUUGGAGUAUAUAGUUAUGUUGAGUGAGAUCUUUGUGUGUGUGUUGUCCGUGUAUUUGAGGUUGCAUGCAACUUGUAAGAUUAGU